CUCGUGUCGGAGUCACUCUGUUUUCGAGCAGACAGCUGGGGCCGUCUGAAUCCCACCGAACGGUGGAACCAUGGCCGCCGGUCGAUGUCUAGGUGCUCGAUGCACCCUCUCAUCCUUGCGCAUGGGCCAAAUAUCUCAAAGACGGUGUCUGGCCAUGCAUGCUGAUGUGUCAGAGAAGAACUGCGCGUCCAUUACCCCUCCUUAUGCAAAGUUGCUGGAUCGACUGGCGGUCGUCCGCCGACUCCUUGGGAACCGGCCUCUGACUCUAGCGGAGAAGAUCCUCUACAGCCAUAUCACCGAUCCGGAGAAGAGUCUUGCAGAAGGGACGUUAAAGAGGGGAGAGACAUACCUGCAGCUCAGUCCAGAGCGGGUCGCUAUGCAGGAUGCAUCGGCUCAGAUGGCUCUCCUGCAGUUCAUGAGUGCCGGCAUGACGCAGUGUGCCGUACCUACCAGCAUCCACUGCGACCAUCUCAUCCAAGCAGCCGAUGGUGCUGACGCUGACCUCAAGCGCUCAAUUGCAUCGAACCGGGAAGUGUUCGACUUCCUGGAGAGCGCCGCGCGAAAGUACGGCAUCGAGUUCUGGAAGCCAGGCUCUGGUAUCAUCCACCAAAUUGUGCUGGAGAACUACGCCGCGCCUGGGAUGCUCAUGCUGGGAACAGACUCGCAUACUCCAAAUGCCGGUGGCCUCGGAAUGCUCGCCAUUGGCGUCGGCGGCGCAGAUGCCGUCGACGCAAUGACCGGUACCCCAUGGGAGCUCAAGGCGCCACAGAUCGUAGGUAUCCAUUUGACUGGCAAGCUAUCGGGAUGGGCGACGCCCAAGGACCUCAUUCUACAUCUGGCCGGAAAGCUCACUGUCCGAGGAGGGACAGGAAGAAUACUAGAGUACUUCGGCCCGGGUGUCUUCAAUCAGUCUUGCACUGGCUUGGCCACGGUAGCGAACAUGGGUGCCGAAGUUGGCGCAACGACGUCAACAUUCCCAUACACUCCAAAUAUGCACGCGUACCUCCACGCUACUGGCCGAGCGCCCGUCGCGCGCGCUGCAGACAAGGCCGCGGCUGGCGGUUUCCUCGCCGCUGACGAAGGUGCCGAAUAUGAUGAGGUUAUCGAGAUCAACCUGUCCGAGCUCGAACCCAGCAUCAACGGACCGUUCACGCCCGACCUGGCUACCCCAUUAUCAAAGUUCGGCUCAUUUAUCAAGGGGCAGGGAUGGAAGGAUGAGCUCUCUGCUGGUCUCAUCGGGUCGUGUACGAACAGUUCGUACGAGGACAUGACAAGUGUUGCGGAUCUCGCGAAGCAGGCCAAGGCUGCUGGGCUCAGCGUCAAGGUUCCGUUCUUGUGCACGCCUGGGUCAGAACAGAUUCGGGCGACGAUGGAGCGCGAUCAGGUUACGGAUGCAUUGCGGGAUAUUGGUGCGGUUGUGCUCGCAAAUGCAUGCGGUCCGUGUAUCGGACAGUGGAAACGGGAAGAUAAAAAGGGUGAAGAGAACGCCAUCUUGACGUCUUUCAACCGCAACUUCAAGUCCCGCAACGACGGCAACCGACUCACGAUGAACUUCCUCGCCUCGCCCACCGUCGUCACAGCAAUGUCGUUCUCCGGCAAGCUAUCCUUCAACCCCAUAACUGACACGAUCCCCACGCCCUCCGGUGAGCAAUUCAAGUUCUCCCCACCGAAGGGCCAGGACCUGCCUUCCGCCGGCUUCACCUCGGGCAAGACGGACUUCUAUCCGAGCCCGACGCCCGCGCCCCAGCCAGACACCGAGGUGAUCAUCAAGGAGGGCUCGCAGCGCCUCGAGUUGCUCGAGCCGUUCUCGAGCCACUUUAGCGAAGGGAGUGGGAACAGCAGAGGGCUCGAGCUACCGAGCUUGAAGGUGCUGAUGCGGGUGAGGGGAAAGUGCACGACGGAUCAUAUCUCUGCUGCGGGCCCGUGGUUGAAGUAUAAGGGACAUCUGACGAACAUUUCCGAAAACCUGCUCAUCACGGCUACCAACGAUGAGGGCGGUGAGGUGAACAUAGCAUUUGACCACGAUCACGACCCCUCGCAAAGCGAGACAGACACGAUCCCAGGCAUCGCGAAACGGUUCAAGGCUCGCAAGCAGCCAUGGGCGCUGAUCGUCGAUGAUAACUACGGAGAAGGAAGUGCUCGCGAGCACGCCGCUCUCCAGCCCAGGUUCUAUGGGUGUGCUAUGAUUGUCGCCCGAUCCUUCGCUCGCAUACACGAGACGAAUCUGAAAAAACAAGGCAUCUUGCCCCUUUGGUUCGCCGACAAGGCCGACUACUCACGAAUAGGCGCUGGCGAUAUCGUCGAGACCGUCGGGCUUGCCGACCUGCUCAACAGCGUGCGCAAUGCCGCGAUCAAGCUCAAGGUUACUCGACGCAACGGCGACGUCUUCGAGGUCCCCACAAAACACACCAUGUCCAGCGAUCAGCUGAAAUGGUUGCGAGCAGGUUCAGCAUUGAACCACAUCCGCUCGCAAAUGAGUUGAUAUGCAUAUGUACGGGUAGAUAUGCGCUUCGG